GUAUUACCUAAGCUAGUAUAUUGAUCGGCUUUAACGAGUCGAUCGCUGUACGUCCAAAACGGGGUUUAAACAUUUCCUGAAGAAUUUACAUCGUAAAUCCAAGAAAUGGCGUUGAGAUCGAGGUUAUCGAGUCUCGCUAACAUUCGUACAAUGGCGAUAUUAAUUUUUUUCACGGAUGUCAUUGUGCUGGUAGUCGUGCUAGCCUUGUUAUGGAAUAUGGCGGGCAGAAAGGAAGAUACGUGUGCAAAGCUGUGCCUUCCAUGUGCAGACGACAAAAACAAUAUUUGCUGCAGUUGCCAUGUGCCAACACUGAAGAGCUUUCUAACAAAGAAGUUUAAUGAAACGCUGACAAUGGAGAAGAAAAGAAAAACAGACGCACAAAUGCCAAACCUGACACCUUACAUGGACGUAAGUUGGAACCUCAAACCAACAGCACACAUUACUGGGUCCAAAAUAAGCACUAGAUCUGAUGGCGGCCGACGCGAUUUAUACCCAGUCCGAGAAUGGGACAAAGAUGGCAACAACUGUCUGAUGCAGAAUGGAGUGGAGUACCGCAAUGGCCGUCUUGUGGUUCCUACCACGGGUUACUACCACCUCUACGGCUUCCUGGACUUGCACCAGACCUAUGACGACAAGGUCGCAAUGCCCCCCGAUAUGCCGAGCUUCAUCACCAUGAGGUUCUACAAGUACAACAUCCUAAAUCCAGAGGAGGAAGGCCUCAUUGAGACCCUCCGUCCUUACGAGAGGUCCGCUAACCACCAGUUUAUGGUCUACCAGUCCUUCCUGGGGGCUGAUGUCCACCUUAAGGCUGGGGACGAGGUGUACCUUAAGGUAUCUAACCUGACCUACAUCAAAAAUCCGUCCAGGAACAUGUUUGGGCUCCACAUGCUAUGAUCCAUAUUGCCAUCCAAGCAGGAAAAACAGUAUCACUAGGUUUGCAGUCCUGUCUCUGUGCCUAGCCGUGCCUAGCCCCAAUCUUCAGAAGACCUUAGAAGACACAGCAUCAUAGGCACAUAAUGCGUUGCUCCAAGUUAUUUGACUUUUUCUAGUUGGGGCCUAA